AUGGGAGGGAGCGCUUCCAGCCGCUCCGUAGGCUUUGUGGGCCUCGGUGCUAUGGGCUACCACAUGGCCGGGCACAUGGCGCGGCGGCAUCAGUGCUUUGUGUGGAAUCGCUCGGCGGACAAGGCCCAGCGCCACAGCGCGGAGUUCGGGUCCACGGCGGUGGAGCGGCUGGAGCAGCUGGCCGCCAGCGAGGUGGUGGUCUUUUGCCUGCCGACUUCGGCAGAGGAUGAGGCCAUCGUUGAGCAGGUGGCGCCUCACCUGUCGCGCGAUGCCUGCGUGAUAUCCUGUACCUCAGGUGCUCCGGCAGCAACCAGGCGGAUGGCGGCCUCCCUGCGCCAGCGCUUCGGGGUCAACCUGCUGGACUGCCCCGUGAGUGGCGGCCCGAAGGGUGCGGCUGCAGGCUCGCUGACCUGCAUGCUGGGCAGCGACUGCCCGGCGGCCACGCAGCGCGCCCUGCCAGUGGUGGAGAGCUUCGCCAAGAAGGUGGUGCACUGCGGGCCGGUGGGCGCUGGCCACGCCGUGAAGGCCGUGAACAACGCGCUGAACGUGAGCCACCUGAUGCUGGGCGCGGAGGGGCUGCUGGCGCUGCAGCGGCUGGGCGUGGACCCCGCGGUGGCGCUGGAGGCCAUCAACGGCGCCUCGGCUUCGAUCGCCUCCGCUCCGUCGGAGUAA